AAUCUACAGUGGCUUUCUUGCCAACACCAGCACGCUCGGUUGCGUUAUGAAGUUUCUAAAAUGACACUUGGGGAUAUUUUUGUCAGCACCAUGUAGCUGUUUUUAUCUAGAAAGUUUUGGGGGGAAAUCUUUUCAGUCAGUGUCAGUUCAUGUAACGGUGUUCUGAUCCGCUGUUGUUUCAGCUCCAGACAGUCACUUUCCAGCUCUGAUUUUUUCCUGAGAUAUUGGUCUAGUUGCAGUGAUGAGGCGAGGAGAUCCUCUCCCUCGAGCCUUUCAGGCUCCAGUGGAUGUACAUGCCAGUGCGGAUGGCCAAGUGUACAUGUUCAGACACAGACAAGAAGAACCAGAAGUGUCAUCUGAGGAUGAGGAACUCAAUGUCAUGGAGCUCCGGCCACGAAGCAGAGACUCGUCCUCACAGGAGAGAGAAAGAGUGGGAGAAAUGCUGUUGAUGGAACGGGACAUCUCACAUGAGGACAAUCUCAACAAACUGGCCCUUCAGUAUGGAUGCAAGGUGGCUGACAUAAAACGGGUGAACAACCUUUUUCAAGAGCAGGACAUGUAUGCACUGAAGUCUAUCAAAAUCCCUGUAAAGAAGCAUGGCUUGCUAACCGAGGCCAACUCUGAGCUCAGGGACCCCCAGCAAAGACCCUCCAAUGAUGUAGCAUCAUCAGACAGCGCUGAAGCAAACGUCUCGGGAAGACCUCAGGUGCAGGAGUACACCAAUUACCUAAAAGAGGUGGACAGUGACAUCGAGCGACUGAUCAAAAGCACGGACCCCUCAGAAGAGCUCUUUUCCAGCGGUUCCAGGGUGUCCAAACGAUGGGGGUGGAGAAGCCAGCGUUUGCGCAGCUACGGUGCAGACUGGGGGAUCCAGUGGUGGAACGCUGUAAUUGCCAUGUUGCUCAUUGGCAUUGUCCUGCCAAUAUUCUAUGUGGUAUAUUUUAAAACUCAAGAUAAUGGUGAAUCUGUAGUGAACAAUAGAGUGGACAACAUCACUGUGCCUACCUCAAACAGUACGGGGUGAGCGUCAGCUCAUUGGACCUCGGGAAUAUAAUAGAAAAUCACCUUGAAAAAAGUAAGUAUAACACUUGAAAAUUGGAAAUUUGGUUUGGUACUUUAAUAAACUUAAUAUUACAAGUUCACAUUAUUAUGGUACAUUCAUUUAAGUGGAUAGAUUGUCCAAAAUAAAAAAAAAGGUAACAUUUGGGUUCAAAAGACUUAUUUUGCAUGAAAAGGAUCACAUUAUUCAAAAUUUGUGUUCCACAGAAAAAGAAAGUAACAUGAAUACGGAGAGACGUGUGGGUGGGUAAAUGACAACACAAGUUUUUUGGUGAACUAUCAUUUUAAUUUUAUUUGCAUAGUGAAGGUACAUAAAGAGACAAUUCAACAAAUGAGAUUAUGAGUUUGCAUUACAAACUGGGCGUUGCAUCUGCUUACACUCCACACUCAGAUUGUAGAAACUGUUGUUAUUGGCUUUAUGGGUGCUAUUAUUUAACAGAAUUAUGAAAUGGUUAUAACAGUUUUUCUUAGUGGAGAAAAAAAAAAACUUUACAGGGGUCAUCGGAUGCUUUUUUUUUUUUUUUUAAAUCUCGUUAAAUAAUU